AUGUCUCCAGUCGCAGCGGGAGGGGGAGGUGUGGCCAGGGCAGCGCUGCGGGAGCCCAAACCAGUGCAGGACUGGAAAGGGGAAGGAAGGGAAGAAACACUGCAGCCUGGGUCUCCUCUGCCUCUUGCUGUCCUCCAGAGCCUCCCUCCAUCGCCUCUUGUGGCGGAUUCCAAAGAGGAAGAGGAAGCUGUGGGCAACAAAGCCUGGGAAAGGCACUUCUCUGCCAUCUUGUCCUGGGCAGGACAUGGGUUGUGGCUGGGGGAACUCUUGCAAAGUUAUGCCCGGAAUGGCCGUACGCAGGCUGCUGCUACGUGUGAGUAUCCCAGAAGGCUCCAGGGAUGCUCAGUAGCUUCAGUAACAGUAGAGGAAUUCAACUGUGAAUUUUGUAUCUUUAAAAAAUAUACUAAUAAUUCUUUUGUUCCAGAGAGUCCUCGAAUUACUUUUGAGCCCCAAGACGUAGAGGUAACGUCAGGGAAUACUGUCUACUUCACUUGCUGGGCUGAAGGAAACCCUAAACCUCAGAUUAUUUGGAUACAUAACAACCAUUCAUUGGACUUGCGAGAUGAUGCUCGACUUAAUUUGUUUGCUGAUGGGACACUCAUGAUCAGGAGCACUCAAGAGUCCGACCAAGGUGAAUGUCAGUGUGUGGCCAGAAACGUGGCUGGGGAAGUCAAGAUGCAGACUGCCAUGCUCAGCUACUCCAGUCUUCCAGCCAAGCCGAGUUUUGUAAUCCAGCCCCAGGACACAGAGGUUUUAAUUGGCACCAGCACAACUUUGGAAUGUAUGGCCUCUGGCCACCCACAGCCCCAUAUUACUUGGACCAGGGGCGAUGGAGAGGCGCUGGAUGGAUCCAGGCACCUGGCUACUUCUGGAGGACUUUACUUGCAGAACAUCACACUGCAGGAUCAUGGUCAAUUUACCUGUCACGCCAACAAUGAUCAAGGCUCUGUUCAAGCUACAGCAAACAUAAUUGUACAAGCUCCUCCACAAUUUACAAUGAGCCCAAAGAAUCAAGUGGUGCUAGAAGGACAUGCUGUAGAAUUUCUUUGUGAAGCAGAAGGCAACCCACCUCCAGGAAUUGUCUGGACAAAAGCAGGAGGGCGGCUCCCUCAGGAAGGUCAGCAUACAGUUCUCUCCUCGGGCACUUUGAGAAUUGACAAUGUAGUGCAUCAUGAUCAAGGCCAAUAUGACUGUCAAGCAGUCAGUCCAUUGGGAGUGAAAAAAGUGUCUGUCCAGCUGACUAUAAAAUCCAAAGUUCUUCCAGUGUUUAUUCAAGUACCUGAGGAUACAAGUGCAGAGGUUGGAAAGAAUGUAAAUAUUGCAUGUCAUGCUCAGGGAGAAUCACAGCCCAUAAUUAUUUGGAAUAAGGCAGGUGUUCAGAUUACUGAGAGUGGUAAAUUCCAUGUUGAUGGUGGAGGCAUGCUAACCAUCUAUGAUGUGGGGCAAGCUGACCAGGGAAGAUGUGAAUGUGUGGCUCAGAAUCCAUUUGGCCUUGUUGUGGCCAGCAUGUUCCUCACAGUCCUUGUCAUGGAAUUGAUUUUCAAAGCAACACAUGGGAGACAAGCUGGAGAUGACUUUGUCGAAUCGUCCAUUCUUGAUGCUGUACAGAGGGUUGACAGUGCAAUUAACUCCACAAGAAGACACUUGUUUUCACAAAAAUCUUGCACCCCUAGUGAUCUGCUGGCUCAGUCUUGUUAUCCGCGUGACCCGUUUACCGUGGAGACGGCCAGAGCUGGGGAGAUUUUUGAGCACAUACUUCAGUUGAUCCAGGAGCACGUGAAGCAGGGACUCACUGUGGAUUUGGAGGGCAGAGAAUUCUGCUACAAUGACUUGGUGUCCUCGCGCUACCUCAGCCUCAUCGCCAAUUUAUCUGGAUGCACAGCCCACAGGCACGUGCCAAACUGCUCUGACAUGUGUUUCCCCCAGAAGUACCGAACUCAGGAUGGAACAUGUAACAACCUGCAGCACCCAAUGUGGGGCGCCUCGCUCACGGCCUUUCAGCGCAUCCUGAAACCUGCUUACGAGAACGGCUUCAACUCACCCCGUGGGGUUGGCCGCCACACCCCAUCCAAUCCCCUUCCACUGCCCAGGCUAGUCUCAACAGAGCUGGCGGCCACGGUGACUGUCACUCCCGACGAUAGAUACACACACAUGCUCAUGCAGUGGGGCCACUUUUUAGACCACGAUUUGGACCAUACGGUGCCUGCAUUAAGCAUGUCUCCCUUCUUGGAUGGGCAGCCGUGCAGCUCUGUGUGUACUAAUGAUCCUCCUUGCUUCCCCAUUGUCAUUCCUCACACUGACCCCCGGGGGACCGGAGCACCGUGCAUCUUUGCACUCUCCAGUCCUGUGUGUGGCAGCGGCAUGACCAACUUGGUGAUGAAUUCAGUGUACGCCCGAGAACAGCUAAACCAGCUCACAGCAUACAAUGAUGCCUCUAAUGUUUACGGGAGUUCAGAGCGAGAAUCCCAAAUUCUCAGAGACCACUCAGAGCCCCGGGGACUCCUGAAGACAGGCUUACCUUGGGCCCCUUCUGGAAAGCACUUACUGCCUUUUUCCACAGGCCCACCUGCUGAGUGCACAAGACAGGAACAAGACAGCCACAGCCCCUUUUUCCUGGCCGGGGAUCACAGGGCUAAUGAGCAGCUGGCUCUCACAGCCAUGCACACCCUGUGGUUUCGGGAACACAACAGGGUUGCUAGGGAGCUGUCGGCCCUCAACCCCCACUGGCAUGGAGACACCCUUUUUCACGAAGCCAGGAAGAUUGUAGGUGCAGAGCUGCAGCAUAUCACCUACAGCCACUGGCUGCCCCAGAUCCUGGGGGAGCUCGGCCUGAAGAUGCUGAGGGACUACCAAGGCUACGACCCCAAUGUCAACGCAGGGAUUCUUAACUCUUUUGCUACUGCAGCCUUCAGAUUUGGCCACACAUUAAUCAAUCCUAUCCUUUAUCGACUGAAUGACACUUUUAGUGAAAUCCCUGAAGGCCACCUUCCACUCCACAAAGCUUUCUUUUUACCCUCCAGAAUAAUCAAGGAAGGUGGGAUAGAUCCACUCCUUCGGGGGCUAUUUGGCGUGGCUGCUAAAUUGCAGGUGCCCUCGCAGCUGCUCAGCCUGGAGCUGACUGAGAAGCUGUUCUCCACGGCGCAUUCUGUGGCCCUGGAUUUGGCUGCCACCGACAUUCAAAGGGGGCGAGACCAUGGGAUACCUCCGUAUGUGGACUUCAGAGUUUUCUGCAAUUUGACUUCUGCUCAGAACUUUGAAGAUCUUCAAAAUGAAAUUAAAGAUUCAGUGAUUAGACAAAAACUGAAAAAAUUCAUGUUUACACGGAUCCAGGCCUCUUAGGCCUCAGUUUUCGGUUGUAUGGCACUCCAGGCAACAUUGACUUCUGGCCCGCUCUCAUGGUCGAAGACCUGAUCCCUGGUACAAGAGUGGGACCAACACUUAUGUGCCUGUUUGUUACCCAGUUUCAGCAGCUAAGAGAUGGAGAUAGGUGAAGCAUUAUUUUAUACUUAUCAAAGAUGACAAAAUUGUUUCUUUGCCCCCCAAAAUAUGUGCAUAAUAUUAUAGUGUGAUUUCAUACUAUCUCUAAUUUAAAAUAUAUUGAAGACAAGAAAUAACAAAUAGCACCUGGCCACAGAAUUUUUCUGACCACUGAUAAUACCAGAGAGCAUUCAUUUUUGUAAGUUCUUGUAGCUCUCUGCAAGAAGAAAAGAAAUAGCCUGUCUAGGGAGGUGAUAGAAAUCAGUGGUUAAGAAGAUGCACCAGACUCACUCCUGUGUACGUGAAUGUGUGCACCACUACCUACAGCCGUUUAACUUCGGGAAGCAUAUCCCUGUAAACCUAAACCUCUUUCCUCAUCUGUAAAGUCUGUAUAACGAUAGUAGACAAAUUUCGCAGAUUGUGGUAGCUGUCAAUGAUGUCAGGAAAGCAGGAGUUGACAGCAGGCCUGAGACUCCCUCCCUCUCGCCUCAUUGAAGACCUCUUGACUCGAGACCAGACCUCCUUGCAAAACUAUGUGAUGAGGGCAUUUAUUACUAGAAAGAUAACUGGAAAUUCUUCCAAAAACAUCUCUUGGUUUGUCCAAAGUGUUUAUUGUAAAUAAACUUGAAUUUAUGAAAUUAUGGGAAACAGGUGUCAGGAGAAUGUAAGUUAGUUAUGUAAUCUCUCUACUGUUGAAAGACUAACCAAGUAUAAAAACUAAGAAAACUCAAAACCAAGCUGCUCCCUCUGAGUUGGCAUGGAACAUACUGUUAGCUCUUUUCUAUCACUUGCACCAAAUGUGUUCCAGGGUGUCAUAUGUUCUGAAUUAUUGGUAAAGUACAGUCUUGAGUAAGAGCUAGGAUUCUUGUGAACCUGUUUGACAGUUCAACCUUCUGUGUUACUGUAGAGAUGAUAGAUAUAAAGGGCUUAAAACACUGCCUGGACCUUAGCUUUUAGUUAAAGUUAUACUAAAAAUCAUCCUUAACUUAAAAUUUUUCUUCCAAAUCUCUUUCACUUAUGAAUUGUAUUAUAAAGAAAGUAGUAAAAGAUUUCAUUCUUUUUAUUGUAUGUUGGCAAACAUUAAUAGUAUAAUAUUUCAUUAAAUUAAUUUUUGUAAAUUAUUUUUGGCACUCUGGAUUUAGCACAACAAAUAAUUGGGGUAAUAUGCUCAAUUGGUAAUAAUUUAACAAUAUAUGUAGUCAAAUUUGAGCUCUGGGUUUUGAGGAAGCUGUCUUCCCCAUGUGUAUUAGUUUUCUAGGGCUGCCAUGACAAAAUACCUCAGAGUGGGUGGCUUAACUGACAUACGUUUAUUAGCUCACGGUCCUGGAGGCUGGAAGUCCAGGAUCAAGGUGUUGGGAGGGUUGAUUCCUACUGAGGCCUCUCUCCUUGCCUUGUAGAUGGCGGUCUUCUGCCCAUGUCUUCACAUGGUCUUCCCUCUGUACCUGUGUCCACAUUUCCUUUUCUUAUAAAGACAGUAGUCAUAUUGGAUUAGGAUCCACUACUGGCUUUGUUUUCAAUUAAUGACCUCUUUAAAGGCCCUAUCUCCAAAUAUAGUCACAUUCUGAGGUCCUAGGGGUUAGGAUUUCAACAUACGAAUUUGGGGAGGACAGAACUCAGCCCAUGAUACCCUGUGAGUGGCAACAAGUCUCUUGCUUCCUCUCUUAAUGUGCUCUUGUAUGUCUAGCAUGAGAAGAGUGCUUGGCAUAUAGUACUUAAAUAUUUCUUGAAGAAACGAACACAAGGGCUCAUUUUAAUAUUUUUUAAACUGUAUCCUUUCAUUUAAAAUUGAAUGUGUUUAAUUAGCCAAUAGAUGUAAUCAACUAAUGUAUAUUAAUAAUUAAAAUUUUUCUUUUAGACAA